AUGACUACAAAUGAAAAUGAAGAAAAAUUAAAAGAAGAUUAUGAUGAUAUAAAAUAUGAAAAGCCGGAUACCCAUAAAAACUUUUGGAAAUCAUUUGGUUUAGAUAGCAAAGCAGGAAAAUUACUUUAUUAUUUAUACGGGGACAAUAAUAAAAUUAACCCAAAUUUAAUAGCUCCUAAAAAAUUUGUGAAAAAAGAAAAAGACGUAAAAGAAAUAAAAAUAGAAAAAUCAUUUAGAAAUCCUCAAAUUAAUUAUCCUUCCUAUAAAAAAAAAAUAGAAAAAGAAAAUCCUAUAGAUAAAAUUCCACAUAAAAAGCCUUUGUCUAAAAUUUUAGAAGAAACAAAAAAUUACGAAUCCAUAAAAGAACUUCCUAUUAAAAUAGGAAGGAAUAGAGAGGAAGAGAAAAAAAAAUUGAAUGUGAUUUUUCUUGAACAAAAAUGCAAAGUUUUACCACCAAGUUGUGCACCAUUAGUUUUAACAGAAGAAGAAAAAAAAGAAAUAAUUAAAAAUGCAGAAAAAAGAUAUUUAGAUUUGAGUGAAUCUAAUAGUAGAGAAGAUAAAAUUAUAGAUGCUCUAAAAAAUUAUAGAACUGAAUUAAAAGUAGAAUUAAAUAAAAAGAUAAAUGAAUUUAAAAACAUUAUGUGUGAUAACAAUACAAGUAACAAUAAACCGGGAGAAAAUACAAGGAGGUUAAAUGAAUUAGAAUAUCAAAAAAUAAAUCUUAAAAAUGAAAUAGAGCAGUGCAAAAAAAAUAUAAAAAAAACAGAUGAUAUUUUAAAUUCUUUAAAAUAA